AUGAGGCUGCAUACUGACUUCCAGACAAAUGUUAUCAUGCACACUGCAACAAAGAGUCAACAUGGUCGUUGUUCCCCUCCAGGGACUCUGUCUGAGCAGAGGGACGAGGUUCGAUGCUGGGACAGGCAGACACAGGCUGACUUGAUUCAGACCAAUGAAUUGAUUAAAAGUCUGGAGUCGCAAGAUGUCUUUGUGAAUGAGGUGGAGCUGAAGCACAGAGAGAAAGUUGUGAAAAAACUGCAAUCCCUCUUUGAGGAGUGGCUCCAAGACAUGUGCAGAGAAAUGAAUGUACCUGAAACUGUCACUGACAAAGUCGGAGGCAGGGUCUUGCCGUUCGGCUCCUAUCACCUGGGAGCUUUCUCCAAAGAUGCUGAUAUUGAUGUUCUAUGUGUUGGGCCUGUAUUUUUGGAGGCAAUGGUCUUCUUCACCUCCUUUUUGGAGAAGCUCAAAGCCCAGGAGGAGGUCAAAGACAUACGGGCCAUCGAAGAAGCAGUUGUGCCAGUCAUCAAGAUGACAUUUGAUGGAAUUGAGGUGGAUUUAAUCUAUGCCCGGUUGCCACAAAGGUCUGUCAGUGACAAAGUCAACCUCCUYGAUGACARAUGGUUUAAGRAAAUGGAUAAAAUCUCCUCCAGGAGUCUCAAUGGUUACAGAGUCACUGAGGAAAUCCUCCGUCUUGUGCCUGACAUCUCAAACUUCAGGCUCACUCUGASAGCCAUCAAGCUGUGGGCCAAACGACGCAACAUUUACUCUAACAAGCUGGGCUUCUUGGGUGGGGUAUCCUGGGCCAUUCUGGUWGCYAGAAUUUGCCAGCUUUAUCCAAAUGCRGCAGCAUCCACCCUGGUGCUGAAGUUCUUCCAGAUCUACUCCAUGUGKGASUGGAAYAUCCCUAUUYGUCUGAGGGCGGUGCUGGACCUCCAAUACGACCUUCACUCCUGGGAUCCCAAGUCUAACAGACAUGAUAGGUACCACUUGAUGCCGAUCAUCACGCCGGUCUACCCCCAGCAGAACUCAGCGUUCAAUGUCUCUCUCUCCUCGCGGACCAUCCUGAUKGAAGAGUUCAAUCGGGGCCACACUAUCCUCCAGGAAAUACAGCAGCACAAAGUCGACUGGCUCAAACUCUUUGAAACGCCAAACUUUAUGAACAAGUACCGGCAUUACCUUCAAGUGGACGCAUUCUCUGCUACAGGCGAGCAGCAUAUUGAUUGGGUCGGCCUGGUGGAGUCCAAAAUAAGACUCCUGGUGGGAGCUCUGCAGAUACAUCCGUACAUUUCCUUGGCUCAUGUGAACGUGCAGCCCUACUCUCCACCCAAGGAGCCCGAUAGCAUAGAGGGUAUGAGCACAAAGUGGAUGAUUGGAUUUACCCUGACAAACGAGUACAAGAAGAUAAUUAAAAAGAAAGAUAUCGACCUGACCAGUGAAGUCGGCUACUUUAUUGAUACUGUCUACGACCUGGCAAAGAGCUGUGGUCUGUUUAAGGAGGGAAUGGUYGUUUUAGUCAACUAUGAAAAGAGGAAGGUUGUUGCCAAACGUGCCAAAGUGUCGCCCUGUCACACRACUGAAAAGGAAUCCUCUGUAACAUCCGAGCCCAGCAAAGCUUCUCCAGCUUCCACAGCUCCACAGGCCACAAAGCGAUCUUGUUCUCCCUCAGCAGAGACUUCCUGUAAGAAGUUCAGGCCUGAGGAGAAGGAGGGAGGGAUGAUAACCACCUGCCCCAAAAACCCCACCACAGGUGUCUUGCCCACCAAGAAAAUUGUGAAGCUGAUAAGGAGCCCUCCCAAAGCACCACAGGGCACAAAGAGAUCUUGUUCUCCCUCAGCAGAUACUUCAUGUAAGAAGUUCAGGCCUGAGGAGAAGGAGCUAGAGAUGAUACCCACCUGCCCCGAAAACCCUACCACAGGUAUCUUGCCCACCAAGAAAAUUGUGAAGCUGAUAAGGAGCCUUCCCACAGCACCACAAGCCACAAAGAGAUCUUGUUCUCCCUCAGCAGAAACUUCAUGUAAGAAGUUCAGGCCUGAGGAGAAACAAGCACAGGGGGUGAAACCCACCUGCCCUGAAAGCCCCACCACAGGUGUCUGUCCAACUAAGAAAAUUGUGAGCCUGGUAAGGAGACCUGGCUUUUCAAUCUCUACAGGUCCAGAGGCCACAAAAAGACCUUGUUCUCCCUCAGCAGAAACUUCAUGUAAGAAGUUCAGGCCUGAGGAGAAACAAGCACCAGGGAUGAAACCCAUCUGCCCAGAAAACCCCACCACAGGUGUCUUGCCCUCUAAGAAGAUUGUGAAGCUGGUAAGGAGAGUUGGCUUUUCAAUCUCCAGAGGUCCAGAGGCCACAAACCGACCUUGUUCUCCCUCAGGAGGAACUUCAUGUGAGGGGUUCAGGCCUGAGGAGAAACAAGCACAGGGGGUGAAACCCACCUGCCCCGAAAACCCCACCACAGGUGUCUUGCCCACUAAGAAGAUUGUGAAGCUGGUAAGGAGACCUGGCUUUUCAAUCUCCAGAGGUCCAGAGGCCACAAACCGACCUUGUUCUCCCUCAGGAGGAACUUCAUGUGAGGGGUUCAGGCAUGAGGAGAAACAAGCACCAGGGAUGAAACCCAUCUGCCCCGAAAAUCCCACCACAGGUGUCUUGCCCACUAAGAAGAUUGUAAAGCUUGUAAGGAGACCUGGCUUUUCAAUCUCCAGAGGUCCAGAGGCCACAAAGAGACCUCAUUCUCCCUCAGCAGAAACUUCAUGUAAGAAGUUCCGGCCUGAGGAGAAACAAGCACCAGGGAUGAAACCCAUCUGCCCCAAAAACUCCACCACAGGUGUCUUGCCCACCAAGAAAAUUGUGAAGCUGAUAAGGAGCCCUCCCACAGCACCACAGGCCACAAAGAGACCUCAUUGUCCCUCAGCAGAAACUUCAUGUAAGAAGUUCAGGCCUGAGGAGAAGCAAGCACAGGGGGUGAAACCCACCUGCCCUGAAAACCCCACCACAGGUGUCUUGCCAACUAAGAAAAUUGUGAGCCUGGUAAGAAGACCUGGCUUUUCAAUCUCUACAGGUCCACAGGCCACAAAGAUACCUCAUUGUCUCUCAGCAGAAACUUCAUGUAAGAAGUUCAGGCCUGAGGAGGAACAAGCACCAGGGAUGAAACCCAUCUGCCCCGAAAACCCCACCACAGGUUUCUUGCCCACUAAGAAGAUUGUGAAGCUUGUAAGGACACCUGGUUUUUCAAUCUCCAGAGGUCCAGAGGCCACAAAGAGACCUUGUUCUCCCCCAGGAGGAACGUCAUGUAAGAAGUUCAGGCCUGAGGAGGAACAAGCACCAGGGAUGAAACCCAUCUGCCCCAAAAACUCCACCACAGGUGUCUUGCCCACUGAGAAGAUUGUGAAGCUGGUAAGGAGCCCUCCCACAGCACCACAGGGCACAAAGAGACCUCGUUCUGCCUCACCCUCACCUUUGUCUAAGAAGUUAAAGCUUGAGGAGACAGGAGUAAAAGAGGAGACUGAAAAGUACCCUGCAAGUGUCUCGCCUGGUGAUACUUCAUCCAAGAUUGUGAGCCCACUAAGAACGGACAGAGCUUGCACUGCGGCCAAGACAUCUAAUAUAAAUCUGGGAUGUCCCUCCCCUCAGACUCUUCCUCCUUAUAAGCUGUCCAACCAGCCUAGCGGAGUCUCAUGGCUGCGUUCUCUUGCCAUCAUGCAAAAUCACAUCAGGUCUAAUUGAUGGAGCAUAACUGAACAACACUGCCACUUUCUUGCUCCUCAUCAGGAGGAAAAACAACUUUUAUCUGCCAGCAUGUUUGCUUUUGUAUAUUUUUGUACAGUUUUGUUAUUCAAGUAAGUAUGAUUUUCUAGAAAAUUAAUCCUCUGUAACAUCCAAGCCCACAAAGCCUCUCCAGCCUCCACAGCUCCACAGGCCACAAAGAGACAUCGUUCUCCCUCAGCAGAAACUUGUAAGAAGUUCAGGCCUGAGGAGAAGCAAGCACAAGGGAUGAAACCCAAAAGAAGGGUUAGGGUUAGAUGCAUCUUGCACAUUUGAUGACAUGAUUG